CCGGCUAUAAGAAGGCGAUGCGCUGGGGCUGGGCUCAGUCCUGCCCCUUUGGAUCCUGCGGUGCUCUUGUUAUUGGGUUGCUUUCCAGGAGCAGGAAGUGGCAAGGGACGAAUAAGGCAAAAUGGGCGUCGAAGGCGGCAUGAAGUGUGUGAAGUUCCUGGUCUUCUUCUUCAAUUUCUUAUUCUGGCUCUGUGGCAUUGCGCUGAUCGCCCUGGGGGUUUAUGUACAGAUUGAGCUCAGCAAGACAUUGCAGACGACCAGCUCUGUCUCUGUGUCAGGUGCCCCCAUCGUCAUCUUGGCUGUAGGCGUGAUUGUCUUCUUCAUCUCCUUUUUCGGUUGCUGUGGAGCAAUAAAAGAGAACUACUGCAUGGUUACUACGUUUGCUGUCCUGCUGACGCUGAUCUUCCUGGUGGAGAUUGCUGCUGCCAUUGCUGGCUAUGUCUUCAAGGAUAAGGUCAAGGAAAUUAUUGAUACUGAAAUCAAAGAAGAAAUGAAGCAGUAUAAUAACUCAGACAUUCACAAGGCUUUGGACGACAUUCAGAAGACUUAUCGGUGCUGUGGAGCCUCUAAUUACAGUGACUGGUUUUCCGUGAAAGGGUUUGAGCCUGAUCGAGUGCCUCAAUCAUGCUGCAAGAAUGGCUUGAAUUGCACAACGAACCCAACAGAUGAGAAUGUCUACACAGAGGGUUGUGUGACAGAAAUAGAGGGCUUGAUGAAGAAACAUAUUGUAGUUGUGGCCGCAGUAGCACUGGGCAUUGCUUUCUUUGAGCUCCUCGGCAUUAUUUUUGCCUGCUGCCUCAUGAAAGGAAUUCGCAGUGGCUAUGAGGUGAUGUAGCCCCUGCUCUUCCUGUUACUGCAGUUACAAAACUCUGGAAUAUUUCUGUCUCGUCUUCUGGGGAUGCAGCUGACCAUCACAUGCCAACGGAUUGUAUCCGGGUGCACAUCUCCUCUUCUGUUGCCUUUCUUGAAAGUAUAUGGUGCCCUGAAAAGAUUCACAUGUUGCCUUAUCUACCUAUCUAUCUACCCUUAUUUCUCUCAUGGGGAAGAGAGUCUAUUUCCCACAUUUCAUCCCCCUUACCCUAGUGGGUAGCUUGUGAUACAUGACUGCUGUUAUAUAUCAACAGACUUUUCUCCUAGCUGUGAAUAGGCACACUUGAAGUUUUGCUUCUUCCAGAUUCCUACUUCCCUAAAGAUUUCCAGGCUGCAACUUUCCCCUGAUAACACACUCAUAGGAAGCAUACACUCCUCUAUCUUUAGGAUGUUCCCUUUCCUCUGUGGAAUCAAGCAGGGACUGCUGUUCUGGAGGCCAUGAUGAGAUGGAAAAUUGUGGAGUUUGAUUUUUUUUUUUUAGCCAGUAAAUCAUUAUUUUGGAAAAUAAAAAACAUGGUUUCUCCCAGA